AUGUCUUUCGAGGGAGCCAGGCUCAGCAUGAGGAGCCGCAGGAACGGGACCCUGGGCAGCACCCGGACCCUGUACUCCAGUGUGUCUCGGAGCACCGAUGUGUCCUACAGCGACAGUGAUUUGGUGAAUUUUAUUCAGACAAACUUUAAAAAACGAGAAUGCGUCUUCUUUACCAGAGACUCCAAGGCCAUGGAGAACACAUGCAAGUGUGGCUAUGCCCAGAGCCAGCACAUUGAAGGCACCCAGAUCAACCAAAACGAGAAAUGGAACUACAAGAAACAUACCAAGGAGUUUCCGACAGACGCCUUUGGUGACAUUCAGUUUGAGACUCUGGGGAAGAAAGGCAAGUAUAUCCGCUUAUCCUGUGACACAGACUCCGAAACCCUGUACGAACUGCUGACCCAGCACUGGCACCUCAAAACACCCAACCUGGUCAUUUCUGUGACUGGUGGUGCCAAAAACUUUGCUUUGAAGCCACGCAUGCGCAAGAUCUUCAGUCGGCUGAUUUACAUCGCACAGUCUAAAGGUGCCUGGAUUCUCACAGGAGGCACGCACUACGGUCUGAUGAAGUACAUAGGCGAAGUGGUGAGAGACAACACCAUCAGCAGGAAUUCAGAAGAGAACAUCGUGGCCAUUGGCAUAGCGGCAUGGGGCAUGGUCUCCAACAGGGACACCCUCAUCAGGAACUGCAAUGAUGAGGGCUAUUUCUCAGCUCAAUACAUCAUGGAUGACUUCAAGAGAGACCCUCUAUACAUCCUAGACAACAAUCACACCCACUUGCUGUUGGUGGACAAUGGAUGUCAUGGACACCCCACGGUGGAAGCCAAGCUGCGAAAUCAGCUGGAGAAGUACAUCUCUGAGCGGACCAGUCAAGAUUCCAACUAUGGUGGUAAGAUCCCCAUCGUGUGCUUUGCUCAAGGAGGUGGAAGAGAGACUUUGAAAGCCAUCAACACCUCCAUCAAAAGUAAGAUCCCCUGUGUGGUGGUGGAAGGCUCAGGGCAGAUUGCCGAUGUGAUUGCCAGCCUGGUGGAGGAGGAGGAUGUUCUGACCUCUUCCAUGGUCAAAGAGAAGCUGGUGCGAUUUUUACCACGCACUGUGUCCCGGCUGCCCGAAGAGGAGAUUGAGAGCUGGAUCAAAUGGCUCAAAGAAAUCCUUGAGUGUUCCCACCUACUCACAGUUAUUAAGAUGGAAGAGGCUGGAGACGAGAUUGUGAGCAACGCCAUUUCCUACGCACUGUACAAAGCCUUCAGCACUAAUGAGCAAGACAAGGACAAUUGGAAUGGACAACUGAAACUUCUGCUGGAGUGGAACCAAUUGGACCUUGCUAGUGAUGAGAUCUUCACCAAUGACCGACGAUGGGAGUCGGCCGACCUCCAGGAAGUCAUGUUCACGGCCCUCAUAAAGGACAGGCCCAAGUUUGUCCGCCUCUUCCUGGAAAACGGCCUGAACCUGAAGAAGUUUCUCACUAACGAUGUCCUCACGGAGCUCUUCUCCACCCACUUCAGCACCCUGGUGUACCGGAAUCUGCAGAUCGCCAAGAACUCCUACAAUGACGCACUCCUCACCUUUGUCUGGAAACUGGUGGCAAACUUCCGUAGAAGCUUCUGGAAGGAAGAUAGAAGCAGCAGGGAGGACUUGGAUGUAGAACUCCAUGAUGCAUCUCUCACCACCCGGCACCCCCUGCAAGCUCUCUUCAUCUGGGCCAUCCUUCAGAACAAAAAGGAACUCUCCAAGGUCAUCUGGGAGCAGACCAAAGGCUGUACUCUGGCAGCCUUGGGGGCCAGCAAACUUCUGAAGACCCUGGCUAAAGUCAAGAAUGACAUCAACGCUGCCGGAGAAUCAGAGGAACUGGCCAAUGAGUACGAGACCCGAGCAGUGGAGUUGUUCACCGAGUGUUACAGCAAUGACGAAGACUUGGCAGAGCAGCUACUGGUCUACUCCUGUGAAGCCUGGGGAGGGAGCAACUGUCUGGAGCUGGCGGUGGAGGCUACAGACCAGCAUUUCAUCGCUCAGCCUGGGGUCCAGAAUUUUCUUUCUAAGCAAUGGUAUGGAGAGAUUUCCCGAGACACAAAGAACUGGAAGAUCAUCCUGUGUCUGUUUGUCAUCCCCCUGGUGGGCUGUGGCCUUGUAUCAUUUAGGAAGAAGCCCAUUGACAAGCACAAGAAGCUGCUCUGGUACUACGUGGCCUUCUUCACGUCGCCCUUUGUGGUCUUCUCCUGGAACGUGGUCUUCUACAUCGCCUUCCUCCUGCUGUUUGCCUAUGUGCUGCUCAUGGACUUCCACUCGGUGCCGCAUACCCCCGAGCUCAUCCUCUACGCCCUGGUCUUCGUCCUCUUUUGUGAUGAAGUGAGGCAGUGGUACAUGAGUGGAGUGAAUUAUUUUACCGACCUGUGGAACGUUAUGGACACACUAGGGAUCUUCUACUUCAUAGCGGGUAUCGUUUUCCGGCUCCACUCUUCUAACACCAGCUCCUUGUACUCCGGGCGAGUCAUUUUCUGUCUGGAUUACAUCAUAUUCAUCCUAAGGCUCAUCCACAUUUUCACUGUUAGCCGGAACUUAGGACCCAAGAUCAUAAUGCUACAGCGAAUGCUGAUCGACGUGUUCUUCUUCCUGUUUCUCUUUGCUGUGUGGAUGGUGGCCUUCGGCGUGGCCCGGCAGGGGAUCCUCAGGCAGAACGAGCAGCGUUGGAGGUGGAUCUUCCGCUCUGUCAUCUAUGAGCCCUACCUGGCCAUGUUUGGCCAGGUGCCCAGUGACGUGGACGGUACUACAUAUGACUUUUCCCACUGCACCUUCUCGGGAAAUGAGUCCAAGCCUCUGUGUGUGGAGCUGGAUGAGAACAACCUGCCCCGCUUCCCUGAGUGGAUCACCAUCCCUCUGGUGUGCAUCUACAUGCUCUCCACCAACAUCCUGCUGGUCAACCUCCUGGUCGCCAUGUUUGGCUACACGGUGGGCACCGUGCAGGAGAACAACGAUCAGGUCUGGAAGUUCCAGCGGUACUUUCUGGUCCAGGAGUACUGCAACCGCCUCAACAUCCCCUUCCCCUUCGUCGUCCUCGCUUACUUCUACAUGGUGGUGAAGAAGUGCUUCAAAUGCUGCUGUAAGGAGAAGAACAUGGAGUCUUCCGCCUGCUGUUUCCGAAAUGAGGACAACGAGACUUUGGCGUGGGAGGGCGUCAUGAAGGAGAAUUACCUCGUCAAGAUCAACACGAAAGCCAACGACAGCUCAGAGGAGAUGAGGCAUCGGUUUAGACAACUGGAUACAAAGCUUAACGAUCUCAAAGGUCUUCUGAAAGAGAUUGCUAAUAAAAUCAAAUAAGGCCGGUGAAUGCUCAUGGAGAGAAACCAGAUUACAACAAGGUAAAAUCAGCCAUCUUGAUUGGGAGGCUCAUGGGACACUGAUGGACAGUACACUAUUGACUUCUGAAGGAGAGUUUCCAGGUUCCUGAGCACAGAGCCAAUGACUCGUAGUCACCCUUGAGGGCAGAAGUCAGGGAGCAAAGUAUAUGGAGGACUUUGUCCACGAAGAGGGCUGUAAAGGAUCACAUGUUCCUCCACGAGGGUCCCUGCACAUUCUGCAUCUCGGAGCCCUGUGCUGACGUCGAGUGUUCAAGUGUUUGCACAUCUUCUUUGUCCCUUGAACUUGGCCGCCUUUGUCCCGUGCAUCUCCCGUGACAAUGCUCCUGACCCUGACUUUAUACCUGUGCUGUUAUUUCCUAUUUUCCCCUUGUCUGCAUUGUAUGAUGAACUCGUUGACAUACUGUUAAAAAGUUCUACCCCCGACCCCAGUCAGGCCAGAUUCUAGAACACCCUAAGGCAACUUCUCCUUUCUUACAUGUCAAAGGAGGACCACCGAGGCAGUGCGGUCCUCUUGGGCUCCCAGGACUCCUGCUGAAGGGAUCACUGUUCUUACUAGUGUGAAAAGUCGCCCAGGAGGAACCCUCGAGAGGCGUCCUCGCUCAUUUUGUUUUUGCUGGGUGUGCCCCUCCUCUGCUCCCAUUAUUCCCCAUUAAAAUAGCAAAUGGAUAUGGCGGGGAAUUAGACGGCGUAAGUGUACAUAAGCAAUCCCCAGCCCCUCGUGUGAUCAUUGCUCACACUUCUGUGUGUUUGCUCAAGUCCAGCUUUCUCUAUGCAUGAUGUACUCCACUUUAAAAAUCUUACAUGACGUCAUCAUCUGCACAGACGGCUUUGUAUGGGCCUUGGCACCAACUGUUUUAUUGAAGUUAUUUUCUUCACAGUCUUCACAAGCAUUAUCAGUCAUUCAGUAAUAUUCAAGCCUCUAGCAAUUUCCAUAAUGUAGGUCAUUGAUAGCUGACUCCACCUGGCCAUCAAAAUGAACAUCUUUGAGCAUGCGUCUUCUUUCUGCAUUAAAAGCAUCGAGAAAUCUCUCUAGGA